GGAACGUUUGCUGUGCACGUUCUGGGAGCAACUGUCAACACUGAAGACGACUACAGCUACAGUUAGGCCGGAUUCGAAACCCACAAAGGGUUCCUGCUGUUGGUGCUGCGGAUGUCCAAGUACAAACUCUUUCUGCUGAGGCAUGGAGAGGGCGCCUGGAACAAAGAGAACCGCUUCUGUAGCUGGGUUGACCAGAAGCUGAGUGAAAAUGGGGUGAAGGAGGCCCAGGACUGUGGCAGGCUCCUGAAGGAGCAAGGUUACAAGUUUGACCAGGUGUUCUGCUCCAUACUCAGCCGCUCCGUUCAGACAGCAUGGCUGGUGCAAGAGGCAAUGGGCCAGGAGUGGGUCCCCGUCAUCAAGUCUUGGAGACUUAAUGAGCGCCAUUAUGGUUCUCUGAUCGGCUUGAACCGGGCAGAGAUGGCUUUAAAACACGGGGAGGAAAAGGUGAAGUUGUGGAGAAGGAGCUAUGACAUUACUCCACCUCCGAUUGAUGAAUCUCAUCCUUACUUCCUGGAAAUCUACAAUGACCGCAGGUACAACACUUGUGAUGUGCCAAAGGAGAAGCUUCCCAGAGCAGAGAGCCUGAAGCAGGUGUUGGACAGGCUGCUGCCCUACUGGGAAAGCACCGUUGUUCCAGAGAUAAAGAAAGGCAAGACUGUGCUCAUUUCCGCCCAUGGAAACAGCUGCAGGGCUCUGCUAAAACACCUGGAAGGUAUAUCAGAUGAGGCUAUAGCCGGUGUCACUUUACCUACAGGAAUACCUGUGCUGCUCGAGCUGGAUGACAACCUCAGGCCUGUGAAACCUCGACAACUCUUAGGAGACCAGGAGAAGAUUAAGGCGGCCAUUAAAAAGGUGGAGGACCAGGGAAAAGCCCUGCCUUCAAAGUAAAUGCACUGGAGUGACUGUAAGACACGGUAGAUCUGCCUUUUGUGACUUUUAAGUCAUUCUUUAAGUGUAGCCAAUAACAACAGUGAUAACAAUUUAAUCGGUAAGAUUGAACAAACAAGUGUAAGUCUUAGGCCAUGUUAAGACCUCGUAAUAGAAUCUGCUUCUGAUGAUCUGUUGACAAGUGGACAGUGCUUAAUGACAGGUGUGAACAGGUGUUAAAGAUCUGAUCACUUAAACCACAUCUGGAGGUGGCCUACUGAUGUCCUCAGCACCAUUUCACUGUCAUGAGAAACAAAACCACAACAUUGUCUCAAAAGAAUAUAAGGGAACUGUAAUUAUUUUUUACAAAUGAAGCUAAUGCUGCUCACAGCACAUUGAUCUACUCACUGCUUAUGGAGACACAUUGUUAUGGCAGGUGUAAACUUAGAGCUAUUUACUUGUGAACAGAUCCUUUGUAUGGUAAUACCAGACCUGAACUAUAAAGUUACAGUUUGUGUAAUACUGUAAUGAUGUGAACACAGGAUGUGGGUGUCAUAGGUCAGACUGGUCCUACUGGGUCAGGAAAAAGUCCAGUUAUGUACUGUAAAUGUCUCAGCACUGUGUGUAAGCACUGAUUAAGUCUUUAUGUUUUACUUAUAUAUUUUUUUAGGCUAACUGUCCCAUUGUACGACUGUAUGGUGAAUGUAAAGUUAAUUAUUUAUUUACUCACUGACUACCUUUCAGAUGUGGUAAAGCUUAAAAAAAGAAUAUAUAUAUUAUAAUAAUAAUUGAAAUAGGUCAUGUUCAGUUAAAGGGAAAAUGUUGCUGUGUUGCCAGAGAAAACACAAGCUUUGAGAAAGUAUUAACCCUCAAUCUUAUUUUUCAAAAAUUAAUCUUGUCUCAUGGAGAUUUUUAAGAAUGAAAAGAUGCCGUUUACAAACCUUUCCUUCAAAAAAACACUGAAGUUCUGUACUACCCUUAGUUACUUACUUAGGAGUUACUCCUACGUAAAUAAUAAUGUUGAUACAUAUACACAUAUACAUAGAAAGGCUAUGUUUUUGAGUGAAGCUUACCAUUAUGUUUAAAAGCAGAGGGGUAAUGAAUGUGCUCCUUGGCCUGAUUAUUGCUUGGUGCUUUGCCGUUCCAGGCCAUAUAAGCAACAUUUUUUAUUUAUUUAUCCAUUUUGUUACAGUAAAGUAAAACAUGACUGAAAUAUUGUAGGCAACACAAGCAUGGAUUGGAAUCUUGGAUUCUAAAUUAUUAUUUUUAUGUCACAUGUUUUUUUGUUAAUAACAUGGGGGAAAAUGUUACAAACUACUCAUGAGUCUUAUAACAGCACUAUUAUAUUAUGUUAUGUUAUGUUACCACUGUGGGUGGCAAAGACCACUGUGUACUGUAUUGUGCUUCUUGUUUUUAGACGGAUACUACUGUGUGUCAUUUAUAUCUCCUCUGUUUCCCAAUGUGUUUGUUUGUGUCUUUGCUGUUGUUAUUUUUGGUCCGUUCGAUCAACAGAGGAUUAAAAACAAGUGGAGUGCAACUGUUGAUACUAAAGAGUAACAAAACAUUUCAUCGCAGAUGAUUGAAUAACUUCCCUGCUGUCUACACCCUCCCACGAGAGACGUGUCAGGAUAAUCUAAAGGAAAGAAAUAAACAUUUCCUUAAAUAUUG